GAGAGAGAGAGAGAGAGAGCCAAAAUGAAUAAGUAAGCGUUUUUACAACCAUAAGUACCCAAUGAAUGUACGAUUCAGUAGAGUUUUAUAACACGACAAAACAAUCGUAAGAAAUAUCAGUUGUUAAAAGAAUGAACGCACCGGUAGUCCGAACACCGGAACCGCCGGCAGCCCUUCAAAAGGACCGACGCUUUGUGAGCCUCCAGUGGACAGUCGUCUCCCUGUGUUGUGUGGAUCUGUUGAUCGGCAUAAUAGUCGUGAGCUUAGCCGCCACUAACUACAUGACCAGCGAGCAAAUCAUACUGGAUUAUUAUUACUACACCUGGAGUCCUAAUAAAGUGAUCGUGAUCAUAAUUGGUUCGGUGGGUAUAUGUGCCCAAUUUCUGGGCCUAUGGGCCGUUCGUAGGGAGACCUACAUGUUGAUGGGCGCGUACGGCACCGCCCAGUGUUUCAUCGGCGCCUUCGCCAUCGCGUGGGGUCUAAUACCCGGCUAUCAGUUCCUGUGGGCGCUUAUUAUCAUCUACUUAAUGACCGGUAUGUUUGCCCUGACUCUGGCCCACCACAUACGCCGCCUGCGCCAAAUCGCAUUCGGGCAGGUGGUCAUAGCCACUCGACGCCAGUGCCCGCAACCCCAUCAGUCGCCCGAUAUGGUCAUCGUUACACCAGCCUAUCGUGUGCCCACUUUUAGCGCACCAAACGUCAGGGCCGAUGAGCCGCCAACUUAUGCUCAAUCCGUUGCUAAUGUUAAUUAUGGUUAUGAUUCAAAUGGUGAUUGUGUUGUCAGUCAUACAAUACCCCCACCGGUAAAGGUAUGGCAGCCGUAG